AUGUCGUCGGCCGACAAGACAACAGCCACGGCAGGCCUGGGUGGUGCAGGCCCUGCAGGCGCUUCAGGGAGCGGCACUGCUGGCGGCGUCGUCCCUGCCCAGCUCGGCUUCCUCGCCAUCUACAAUCCCAGCCUCGGCACCACGGACGAGACCAUCGAGGACCAGAUUGUCUACUACGGCAGCGCGACCGUCUCGGCGUCUACACAGACGUCCGCAGCAACGGAUGCGCCAGCGGCAACAGCCCGCCGCCGCCGCAGCUCGGCAUCCGCUGCCAAACCGACCGGCCACCUCGCCCCUGCCGAGCGCAACGAGCGCCUCCGCCAGAUCGGUCUGGCGCAGGGCAUGGUCGCCUUUGGGCGCAGCUUUGCCGGCGACCAGGCCGUCGACACCAUCGAGACGGACAAGACACGCGUCGUGCUGCACGAGCUGGAACCGGGGUGGUGGCUACUGGCGUCUGUCGACCUGACGCGGCUGCCUGGUGCCGGCGACGACAAGGAGGAGUACUCGGCGCGCGAGGUCAAGCCGGCCGUGCUGCUGCUGCAAGACCUGCUGCGCGCCCACGCUGUCUUCCUGCUGCACCACGACGUGAGCCUGGACGCCCUUUUCCGGCGCGUGACGCCACGAUCACGCUUCACCGUGCUGUUGGCGCGCUACUGGGACAUUUUCCUGUCGUCGUGGUCCGUCCUGCUGCAUGGCAACCCGGUGCGGGACGUGUUUCCCGGCAUGCGGCUGGCGGCGUGUGGAGAGCUGGGCAUUGGCGUGGGCGAGGAGGAGCGCGGGAGCGGCGAGCGCGAGGUGCUCGAGGGUCUGGUGGAGAGCACAGACGGGCUCGUCGAUCUGGUCGUGUGCCGCUAUGGCGAUGCGCCCAAGGGGUCCGAGGAUGCUAACGAACGGGACGUGGGGGCUAUCAUCGACGACCAUGACGACAAAGAAACUGGCAACGACGAGGACUCGGUCUGGCUGGGCACGGGGAGCGGGCUGGGCUCUGAAGACGGCGCUAUUUUCCUCGGCGUUGGCGCCCUGACUCGACCGUCCCUGCGCAGCCUGACAUACUGGAUGGAAGAUGUGUACAGCUGGGGCCCAGAUGCCUAUGGGAUCGCAGACAAUCCGUCGGCACCAUCACGCCAGGCAAGGCAUCGCCAGAAAGGGGCGCCGACUAUGGGGAGCAUCUCUGAGCAGCACCAACAGCAAGCGAAAGAGAAGAAGGAGGUACCAACACAACAAGAACAACCACAACCAGUCAUGAUGCCACCACCGUCACUUUUCCCACCAGCACCCGUGACCCAAAUAACGGCGCGGGGAGCAAAAUCACCGACACCGACUCAGACACAACCGAUCCCAGCGCCCCAGACGGGCAAAGACGCUCCAUCCAAGGGCACGCCUUCGUCGAAAACACUCUCAGAAGGCGGCAACAGUGGCAGUAUGGACAAGUACAUGUCCAUUAUGAAGCUUGGAUACGGCACCUACUGGAGCCUCGGCGGCAGCUCUGGUGAUGCCGCAUCUGACACGCCUCCUGCGAGCUCUUUGACGGCCGCAAAAGAAGACGGAGGCCGCAAGCGGACUCGCUUCCAUAACACCAGCCGAGCAGGCCGCUUCCUGAUUCCCCUCGUCGACGAGGUUAAGGAUCCCGACGUAAAGAAGUCUGCGUCAAUAGACGACAGCGUUUCGUCAGUGGCGGAGUCGGAUGAAGCCGCAAAGCCAAAGGAAUCGACAAGGACGACGCCCAAGCCGCCACCAAGAAUAAUCGUGGUCGACAUGGCAGCGGCAAACAACGACACAAGCCGACCUGCCUUGUCAUCACAAGAGGCUCUGCAAGAGAGGCAAGACGAGGGCAGCGAAAGCAAGGGAAAGGCGGCAGACACGCCCCACACAUCCCAGGCCGGAAACAAGUUGCGUGUGGUGGUGUACGCCCAGCGGCCGUUCUUAUACACGUUUCUUUUUGACCAGGGCCACGCAGAGAGUGCAGCCACCACAGACCCGCCUCGCAUGAGCGAAAAGGUGAUGCAGACGCUCAUCGACCGCCAGCUGUCCGUCCUGCACAAGCCCCUGCUCAGGUCCACGGCCUACCGCCCCAACAAGUCCGGCAUGACCGGCGCGACGGCCAUGCUCAAUGCCGCUGUGGCUUCCUCGCCGUCGUCGAGCUCGUCCGCCUCGGCGUCUGGCGCCAUCUACGAUCUGAUUUGGGACCCGGGCAUGCUCACGAUCCACUCGACGCUGCCCAACAUCCCGGACCCGCAUGUCAUGCUCAAACUGAUGGCAGCGGAGAACGCCGCCGGCAAAAACGGCAAACAUGGCAAACGCACCAAGAAGGCCAAGCACCAGCAACAACAGCUGGGACUGUCCGGUACGCCUCCGUGGUCCCGCGUCGAGGCGCUCAACACGCACAUGCAGAUUUUGAACCUGUACGCCGCCACACGCAGCAACGGCGCCGAGCUGGAGCGCAUGUGCAAGACGAGUCGUGGCUGGUGGAUCGUGUGGAACCGGCUCGUCGACCGGUCGGCCAUGGGCACCAAGAACGGCGCGCCAACGCAAAGCAAGUAUGGGUCCACGCUCUUUGAGGAAGCCGAGGAAGCCGAGGACGGCGAGGACGACGAUGACAGCUACCAGCGAGCACCGAGCGAUUGCGACAGCGACGAUACCGCCACAGGGCGUGCAGCGGCAGCAGCAGCAUCGGCGGCCAUGGGGACCUACACGGUCCGCAAAGAGAUUAUCCUGAUCCGUAAAGCCAGCGACCAUGCCGACAACAUUGGCGGUGGCAGCGGCAGUGGAGGUGCAGCCAGAGAGGGCCUGGGCGGCGGCGGCGGCGGCGGCGGCAGCGGGCUAGGCUUGGGCUUCGGGCUGGGCAUGAGCAACCGUGCCUCCUCUGCGAUGCGAGCCUUCAGCGCAUCGACCUACCUCGGGUUUGGCGGCACCGGCAGUGGUGGAAGCGGCACCGGCGGUGGUGCUGCCGGCGGGCGAUCAUCGUCGACGGCUGGUGCCGACCAUGGCAAGGUUGACGCUGCUGCUGCGGAAGAGGCUGCCGCCGCUGCUGAUCGUGGCGCUGGAUGGGCAGAUGGUGCCAGUAAGCUGGCCCAUGGCAUCGGCGUGGACACGAAGAAAUACAUUGAAGGGCUGCUCACACUGAAUAAGUAA